UUUUUCAAGUGUGUGUCUCAGGGCGCAUGACUGAAAAACAAAUGCACUUGGCAGUAAGAACUUAGUGCCCCUUUUGAGAAGGCAUACUUCGGACCAUAGGAAGGCAAUGAGGAUUCCCCUACCUUCUUUUCUUACCUACUAUGUUGUUUGCUUCAUACCAACGUAUGGUAACGCAGCCUCAUCGUUCAAAGGCUGCUUAUCAUUGCCAACUGAAGAUGGCGAUUGCGGAAAUCACAUCGAAGAGUGGUAUUACGAUAAAAGAGAACAAAAGUGUGUGAAUUUUAUGUACGGAGAUUGUCCAAAUAAUAACAACAUUUUCGCCACCGAGCAGGAAUGUGAAGACGCUUGCAAGGGCGCAGCAAAAGGACAUCAGGUGACAGAGCCUGGCGGGUGGGGUACUACGGAAUCCAAAGGACAUCGUAAACCGCCGAAAGCCCCGCGUCCGAGUCAGCAAACAAUCGGUGGUGGAGUGAAGCGUCCCGGAAAAGGAGGUAAUAAAAAAUCGCAAAAACGAAAAUGCUUUUCCAAACCACGAAGAGGAAAGUGCGACAAUGAUGCCACCAUGUGGUAUUAUAACGCACAAUUUUAUCAGUGCGACACCAUCCCCAAAGGAUUCUGUCCGGGGAAUGUACCGUUUUUUGAAAGCUGUGAAGAAUGCGCUGAAACCUGCAACAAGCGAAGCCUGAAGAGGUGCAACAUGGUGUGAAUCUCCAAUAUGAGAGAACAAAAAGAAGCUGCACUUUUGAUGCACCAAAAAAACUUCAUUUGAUUCAGAAAUACAAGACAAUAAAGUUACCGACGACGUGACGUUCACAACUAAGCAAUGAACGUGAUGUUACCUUUCCUAUGUCAAA